GCACCCUUCGACCCUACCGAUGGUAGUGGUCUGCUCGUCAUCUAAUACUAAUCGCUACCCCGUACGCAACCUUUCCUUCCGCUAAUCUCGUUCUCCUGCUUGCUUGCUUUUUCUCUGCGCAUACUUCACUCCCCAAAUCUUGUACUACCAUCCCCGCGUCCAUCAAUCCGACUAUCGUCGCUCUGGCGGAGCGUCGUUCACCGCAUGCUUUCCGCGUCACUCGCCCUCUCUACGUCGCGUAGCAUCCUCUAUUACGGACGUCAUACAUAUGAGCAAUCUCCCCGGUCUCAUGCUGGCAUCGCCCCUGUGCAUAUCCUUAUCCCUCAUUUGCGUUCGCGUCCGUCCGCCCUAUCUAUUGUGUUCAUUGCUUGCUUGCUUGCCGUGUCAUCCGUGCUCGUCUGGUGUGGUCGUUGCGUGCUUGUCGUGAUCGUCGCAUGCUUGUCGAGAUCAUCGCUUGCUUAUCAUGAUGGUCGUGUGCUUGUCGUACUCGCUCGUAUAUCCUACCUGCGCCUGCUUACUUGCCGACUCACCUUUCUGUAACUACCAUGAUCUACCUCGAGCACUUGGCGCACUGGAUCCUAUGGACUAGCCCUAUGAACUGCGUUUGCGUUACCUUCGAAUUAUGAAUCGUUUAUAACAUGCUUGAUCUCUCCGGUG